AUGCCGGCCUUCGAUCCUGUUCGCGAUGCCGUUCUCAACUCGCCUCUCGUUCCUACUCCUCCUGCGCGCAUGCACAUCGACCUCCCUGCCCCGCCUCACUCACACCAAGACUACACCAACACCCCUUCUAGCGCUGCCUCCUCGCAUGCGCCAUCUACGCAGUCCGAGUCCACCCUGAGCGGCGUGUCCACUCCCGUUGGCCGACGUGCAACAGACCUCUCCGUCCUGCUCAAUUCCGACCCCCCGGGCUCAGACACUCCCUUGUUCACGCCCACCACCCCGCGUGCACCCGCUGGUUUCUCGCAUCUUCUUCUACCGACCGAGCGUGCUGGUUCAGAGGACCACGAGCAGCUGACGAACUCUGCCCCGCUUCGGAGGCGUUCUUCCGGGAACACA